AUGGUCACCACGGCUCUUUGCGGGAACCGCCGCAACGCCCUGCAGACGCUGCUGCUGCGCCAAAUCCGAUCGGCGCUGCGGCACACGCACACCGCAGUACUCGUAAAUGGCACCAGGGACACGCCACACAACCAUGAGCCUUGCGAGGGUCUCCUUCGUGAGUUUGUUCGCGCGCAGCUCCUCGAACAGCUCAACUGUCGGCGCAACGAGCUCCUCGCUGUCCUCAAGUGUCGCCACGAAUGCGUCAGCAAUGGGCUCCACCGCCUCCCCAGUGAAGAGUGA